GCCAGCAUAUCUCAGAGCAGAAGAUACAGUUGAGGGAGUUCUUGUCUCUUGCUUCAACAGUGCUUGAACGGAACAGGGAUCCUUCUCCGUACUACAAUUCUUACCACCAUACACAGCAAUCCUCACUUCCAGUCUCAUCCUUAUCCAACACCUAAAGCUGCCAUCAUGAGCUCCCAGAUCCGCCAGAAUUAUCAUCAGGAGAGCGAGGCUGGUGUCAAUCGCAUCGUUAACUUGGAGUUCCAGGCGUUCUACACCUACCAGUCACUGGGGUUCUACUUUGACCGUGACGAUGUUGCUCUGGCCAAGUUCUCAAAGUUCUUCCGUGAGCAGUCUGAGAAGAAGCAAGAGCAAGCAGAGCACUUCUUGAAGUUCCAGAACAAGCGUGGGGGACGUGUAGUGCUUCAGGAUAUCAAGAAACCGGACGCUGAUGAGUGGGGAAAUGGAACCAAUGCUAUAGAGUAUGCCUUGAAGCUGGAGAAGAGCAUCAACCAGGCCCUACUGGACCUCCACAAGAUUGCUACAGACCAUGCUGACCCUCAUAUGUGUGACUUCCUGGAGUCUGAGUAUCUGGAGAAGGAGGUGAAACUGAUCAAGAAGCUGGGAGACCACCUCACUAACCUGAAACGCGUGAAGGCAGCUGAGGUUGGCUUGGGAGAAUACCUGUUUGACAAGCUGACCCUGGGGGAGGACAGUGACUGAAUCUGUUCCUUUCUGGCCUGUGGCUAAGAGCUGCUCUAAGCAAAUGCUACAAUCAUAGGGAUGGGGUCUCUGGUGUGGGUGACUUGCUUGCUCUGAAAAUAAAAUGUAUUCCUAGCAUCACA